CUCUACAAUUCGCAAGCUGUAAUUAACGGGCCGUCCGAUCUUCGGCUGCUCUGCGCUCGCUGAGUUACGCUGCUAACUGCCUGCUGCUACUGCUCCGAAUUCAUCAUGCCGAUUCGGUUCACGUCACGUUGUCAUGCGAACAUCUGAAAUGAGAUAUAACAUUGGAUUGCAUUAUAUUCUUUGAAUUAUGAAAUAACGUAAUAUUUCAACGUUUUAACCGUUGUUAUGAACGCAUGUUCGAUACUCUUUAGCAAUUCCUUCAAGUGGAAUCAGAAGCUAUCUCAUUCGCUGCGCUGGAUCAAGACUUCCACAAAACAAACGCCUGCUGAAUAUUGUUUGGAUCUAGUCAGAAAACAUGAUUACGAGAACUUUCUAUGCACACUACUUUUACCCAAUAACUUGAGAUCAUCUGCAUUUGCAAUCAGAGCUUUCAAUACAGAAGUUGCUUUGGUCGAAGAUCAAGCUCGCGACAGCAAGAUUGCUCUAAUGAGGAUUAAAUUUUGGGAAGAAACUUUGAAUCAAAUAUACGCUGAUAAACCACCAAAAAAUCCUACUUCGUUGGAACUGCACAGGGUAUUACAGAAAACCAAGUUAACCAAACAAUAUUUUAAACGUUUGAUUGAAGCUCGCUUCAACAAACUGAACUUGUCAACUUUUCCAAGUUUGGAAUCAUUAGAAAAAUAUGCAGAGCAUACAGUUUCAUCUGUUUACUAUUUGAUUUUAGAAGCCCAUGGAAUAAAAGAUAUAGAUACGGAUCAUUUUGCUAGUCAUCUGGGCAAAGCCCAUGGUAUAGUCACUUUAAUUCGUUCUGUGCCUCAUAAUGCAAAAUGCAGAAAAAUGGUUCUACCACAAGAUAUUCUAAUGAAGUACAAUGUUUCCUCUGAAUCUGUACUUCAAGGAACAAGUAGUAAAGAAUUAAAAGAUGUUAUUUUUGAAGUUUCUUCAAGAGCCAAACAACAUUUGGAUAUGGCACUGUCAUUGAAGACACGUAUUAAAAAAGGUUCGCAUCCAGUUUUUUUGUCACAUAUUAUCGUUGAAGAAUAUCUGAUCAAGUUACAAAAAUUUGAUUUUGAUGUAUUUAAUCCUAAACUUCAAAAACGAAAUAGUCUACUACCAUUGAAACUUUAUUGGAAGAAGUUGUUUAACAGGGAAAGAAUUUGUUUCUAUCGAGCGUAUAGGCAUAAGUAUAUAGGUAAUAUGAGAUGACGGAACGACCGCAGCGUGUAUCGUAUAACCCCAAAGCUAAGUAUCCCCCGCAUUUCGUUUCCGAAAUGUAAAUAUGUAAAAACGUAUGGUUAUAAAAAUAAGCUUUUCUAAAUAUUCAUACCGGUAGGUAAAAAUUGCAGUAAGUAACACCAUACAGUCGAGCAGACAAGGACGAUUGAUUGCGAGUUUACAUCAGAAAACGUGUCUAUUAAAGGUGCAUAGCAGAGAAUAUUAAAUGGUAGGUAUGUAUAGGUAGCUGUAGGUGCCAACAAGGCUCAAAGCAAUGCAUCAGCAAUAUAGCUCGCCGUCAUGGCGGAAACCCAUUUUUACGGUUCGGCAAUUCGUCGAUUAAGUAUGGGAAAAACAAAAUGACAACGGCGAAAUGUUAUUUAAUCGCGAAUCCCAAGAUAUAAAGUAUGGAGCUUGAUGCGAUGGUCUAGCGUUAUUUUUACCGCUCAAGGUACGAAGACGAGUCAAUCUAAACAGCAAUCUCAGUCUUGAACUUGACUUGCGACAUAUAAGAAUAUAAGAUACAUGCGCGCAGCGCGAUAUAUGGAUGCUCAAUGAAAAUUUUAUUCAAACAAAAGUAUAGCUUGAUUGAGCAACUGCCUAUGGAUCAAAUAAAUUGUUUUUCAAUAUUUAUCACACAA